AUGUUCCCUGACGAGCUCAAGGGACUCACGCUGGUCGAAGAGAAGCUCGUCUCGCUCAACUCCUGCUAUGGGCACGUCAAGGGCCACAUCACAGUGUUUCCCAACAACGUGCAGGAGCUGGCGACCAAGGUGCUCCGCACCCCUUUGCAAGCACUGGACGAGAUCCACGUUUCGUGGCAGGGCGUGGAGAAGCCGGCACCGAGCGACCUGUCGAGUCUCUUAGGAGCAACCCCACUACGCCGAGAUCGAGAUCGACGUGGCGGAGAUGGAGAGUUGGGAGACCCGAUAGACGGGGUGCCGGCCUUGGUGUAUGAUCGCAUGGAGCGGAACGAGCCGUCCGCAUGGGAGAAAACGCGGACGGCGCACGUUGUGCCGCCCACGGAGCGCGCCAUGGACGACGAGGGGUCGGUGGAGAUCGAGGAACUCUUCGCUCUGCUCAAGCAAAGGCAGGAAACGGGAGGCGAGGCUGAAGGGCACGGGCCCAACGAAGAAGGCGCGGGUCGUGAUGGAGUUGGUGCUAGCCCCGAUCAGAACGUUCGACCAAUCAACGAGGUGACGUCUUCCGGCAUGUUUGGGCUGGACGGACCGCCAGACGUGGCGGAUGUCGAGAAGCUGCGCAUGCUGAGUGUGGCGAGGAAGGACUUCGGCAAGGUCGAGCGCGUUGCCCGCUCGAUGACCGCGCAAAGGUUAGCGGCGGCGAGGGUCGAGUUGGAGAGCUCGGGCAAGACGACCGAUGAGGGCGUGAAGGAGCUUCUCAGGAGCCUCUCGCUGUACGGCCACCGGCAACCCAUGUCGAGAGAGGUUCGGCUCAAUAUGCGGCGGAAAAUCCAGUCGCUCAUCGUUGGCUACGGCGUUCCGGCCAUCUGGUUCACCAUCAACCCAAACGACAUUACGAACCCGGUGAAGCUGCGACUGGCGGCAUAUCGGACACGCGAUCCCGGCGCGGCCGAGGAGUUCCUAGAAGGCCUUGGGAGUGCGUACAAGCGGACAAGGCUGGCCAUGUCCGAUCCGAUGAGCGCCGCCGUAUUCUUCCACCGGGAGAUGAAGCUGUUCUUCGAUCAUUACGUGAAGGUCGGAGAAGAGUCGGUAUUCGGGCGCAUCGGCAAGUACUAUGGCGCUGUGGAGACCAACGAACGAGGGGCGCUUCAUGUUCACGGCUUGCUCUGGUUGCACGGAAACGCGCAUCUCAGCUCGAUGCUUGCCGACAUCCACGGGGAGGAUCAGGCGGCGAAUCGCGAGCGAAUCAUACGAUACGUCGAUAGUGUCUUCUCCGAGGAUCUGGAUCAGGAAGGGUUCUGCGCCGUGCAAGCGGAGCGAUCUGUGACGUCCGAUAUUUCCUCCCUGCUGGACAACACCGAGCAGUUUUCGGCCGCAUUUGACCAGGAGGCCAACUUCUGUGCCGGCGCUACACAGGUUCACACGCAUAGCCCGACCUGUGUCAAGUAUUCCUUGGGCAAAGGAGCGCGGAAAGGGAAUCUAUGCCGGUUUAAGUCUCCAUGGAGGUUGGUCGACAAGACCGCCAUCACGGCAGACGGGGUGUUGCAGAUCCGGAGGACUCACAGCAUGGUCAAUCGAUGGAACAAGGCUAUCGCUGUUGGGCUCCGGCACAACCACGACAUUUCCUUCAUUGCGACGCAGCGCAAGACCAUGGCCCUUAUGUAUUAUGUCACGAACUACGCGACGAAGGUGGAGGACCCGGUGUGGAAGCGUGUGGCGGCCGCGGCCGACCUCCUGGCCGCCUCAACGGGUGACGGCACGGCCAACGGAGGACAGGACGACGGUGGAGGUGCUGUUGGCGAUGACGCCGCCAAGGGGAACAGGACGCGACAGUUCUUGAUGAGGGUGGCGAAUCGUGUGUUCACGGAGCGUCCGCUGUCUCAGGUCGAGGUCAUUGCUCAUCUUCUGGGAUAUCCGGCCGAGUUCACCAACAGCAGCGCCUGGGCGUACCUGAACACAUCUCUGCUGUACUGGGAAGUCUUUCGACGGUGGCCGUAUCUCCGACGAGCAAAUGGCGCGGCGGCCAUAGAUGAUGCUCUGAAUGAGUCGGUGCUCAGGCGGCCGGGCAAGCAUGCUACCGUCUGCCUCGAUGGCUACCUGAGCAAGGACUUCGGCCACAACGACGACGAGGAGUCGUGCCACCGGAGGGCAGCCGUGCAGCAUCUUGCGCUAUUUGUGCCGUGGAGUCCUUUCUGUGCGAAGAAACAGGUGAGAUCAAUAGCAUCUGGGAGCGGGCGCGAGGCGCUGGCCCCGAGAAUAUCAUGUCUCGUCGACAACGUGCAGCUGCUUCGACGAUCAGCCGAAGACGCAAAGCGCGACGCCAAGCAAUGGGCGGCCUCAUCCGGCGAUGGCGAUUCCACGGUCGCCCACGUCGAGGAGGGCGAGACAGGCGAGGCGGGCGCAGAAUUUGCAGCGACAUAUCGGUCCAACAACAUCGGAGACGCAACGCGCCUGAUCGACGUCGUCCGAGGCGCAGUGGGCACGAAUCAGGUGACGGCCAAGUCGCCGGAGCUCAUGGCAAUGAUGCGGCAGCUCUGUCGAUUCCAGCAAUCGGCGCUCUGCUCAACGGCCGAGCUCGAGGCCAUCGCGAUUCCCGAACAAGGGUUGAGGUGCAUAAGCAUGCCAGGGCGGGUAUUUUCCGGGGCCGCACUACCGCCGCAGGAUCAGGUCAAGGCUAUCAAGUCGCAGCAGAUAAGGACUGCCGCGGCGCAGAUCAACGGCAUCACGAUCCACUCCGCCUGCGGGUUCACUAAAGACCAAGGGGCGGGCGGCGCGAACACAGCCAAGGACCUUGACGGGGUGCGGCUGACAAAACGGGCGGAGCGGUUCAUCCACGGCCAGUCUCGGAUGGACUGGCAGGAGAAGGACGUGCUUGUCAUCGAUGAGGUGAGCAUGCUCGGAGCGCGGACGCUGCACGCCAUAAACGAGCGACUCUGUUGGCUUCGCGGAUCGCAGAAAGAUUUCGGGGGGAUCCCCAUCGUCCUCUUCUGCGGAGACUUUCAGCAGUUCCGGCCGGUCCAAGAGAGGUCGAUCGUCCCGCCGAGCGCGGCCAUCUCGUGGGACGUAGACAACUCGUUCAAGGCCGAGCAGCGGCACCAGCACGACAAAGCGCACGCGCUGUGGAAGAGAUUCACGACGGUCGUCAUGUUGAACGAGCAAAUGCGCGCCGCCGGGGAUCCGGAAUUGCAGGGGCUGCUGAAGCGGAUCCGGCGGAUCCCUUGGGAGACUGGCAUCACCGUGGUGACGCCGCUGAACAGGAAUCGGUGGAACCUAAACAUGGAGGCAAGCUUGGCGUUCCGGGUCCAGCAGCGGUCGACGAUGCGCAUCUUCAUCUCCGAGCACAAGUGGAAGGAGGGCCUGCCGACCGAGGAAGAAGCGAUCAUGAUACUCAAUCAAGGCGACGAUAGCGCGAUCCCCGUGCCGGCCGUCUUCAUGUUCGUGGCCGGGAUGCCGGUCGUCGUGAACCACAACACCCAUCAGGGGCUGAAGCUGGUGAACGGCGCCGGCUACUCGGCGGUGGAGGUCAUUGUCGACAAGGCGUCCCCGGGGCAUCGGAUCUCGUCCGACAUGACGAUCCACUUCGGGCCGCCGGCGGGGAUAUUACUGGAAUCGGCGACGACAAAGGACCUCCACUUCAACGACGUCAGCCGGAAGGGAUUGCCGUGCGCAGCAGCCUUCGCCUGCACGGACUACAAGGUGCAGGGCAGAACGCCAGAGCGCGUGGCCCUGGAGCUGCGGGGACACGGACGACGAAAGUCGAUGGAAGGGCCGUGCCCUCGCAAUGCGACCCGUACAGCUUAUAUGUGCAGCUAUCGCGCUGUCGAACGCUAG